GUAAUUAUUAGGUCAUCGUAUAGACAUAGCAGUACAGCCUGCAUCUUACAUCUCUUUCUUCCUUUUUCCUGUCUUUGAGCUUACUACCUUCGCUGCGAUUCCGAUGGCGGCCAUAACCCGCCUCGUUAAACGCACAACAACAACACCUUUUUAUUCCUUGGCGCGUGGAUUCUCCUCCACUAAUACUCACGCGCCACCCUCUCAAAAUAGGAAUAUUCAGUGGGUCUUUUUAGGCUGUCCCGGCGUCGGUAAAGGCACCUACGCCAGCCGUCUCUGUAAAUUCCUCGGCGUUCCUCACAUCGCAACCGGAGAUCUUGUUCGUCAUGAGCUUUCCUCUAAUGGCCCACUUUCUUCCCAGCUAUCAGAAAUUGUAAAUCAAGGUCAAUUAGUGUCAGAUGAAAUUAUUAUGAACUUGUUGUCUAAGAGACUGGCUGAUGGACAAGCUAAAGGCGAAUCAGGUUUCAUUCUUGAUGGUUUUCCUCGAACGAUAAAGCAAGCAGAAAUUUUGGAAGGAGUGACUGACAUUGACUUGGUGGUCAAUCUGAAGCUCCGAGAAGAAGCACUCCUUGCAAAAUGCCUUGGUAGGAGAACUUGCAGUCAGUGUGGAGGAAAUUUUAACAUCGCUUCCAUUGACAUAAAGGGUGAGAAUGGAGCUCCUGGUAUGAGUAUGGCUCCACUUCUUCCUCCUGAGCAUUGCAUGUCUAAGCUCAUUACUCGUGCCGAUGAUACUGAACUAGUAGUCAAAGAAAGGCUUCGUAUAUACAAUGAAUUGAGUCAACCUGUGGAGGGAUUUUAUCGUAGCAGAGGAAAACUAUUGGAGUUUGAGCUGCCUGGAGGGAUCCCGGAAUCUUGGCCGAAGUUGCUGCAAGCUCUUAAUCUAGAUGAUUAUGAAGAGAAGCAGUCUGCUGCAGCAUAAGAUAUAAAAGUGUACCAUAUAUUUAAGUUAUUAAGUAUUUCAUUCUUUGCAUGCGGAUACUGCAUGUUGUAAAAUUUUGCAGGAAAUAGAACCAACGAAGGUCGGCUUCUCAAAUUAGAAUUAUUUGAAUAAAUAAUGAUAUCAGAAAGUGUCAUAAUCUGAUGAAACUUAUACCCAAUUUGGAAUUCCAUAUUUUAUUCCAGUUAUAUACUACAAUGUUAUUUAUUGUUGUUGGGAACAGAGUUUCCGACAUAGUUGUUGGCUUGUUGCAUAGAUGUUUGUUUGCAAUAAGUUUCAACAGGAUUGGCACAGAAUUAUUGUGUUGUAACUGUUAUGGACGCUAUUAACUUAGCUUACUUAUUUCACAAUA